AAAUCAAUUUAAUUUUGUGAGUGUUAAUAUAUUUACGGGUUCAUUUUAACCAAACCAUCAUGUCAAUCAUAUCAUCAAUUAUAUUGAUCGUUUUAUUAUUCAAUCAUCAUCAGAAUUUAGCCUCUGGACAAUCAAUCAAAUUUUCUGAUGAUAAUCAUCAUUUUAAUCAACGUCCAGUGAUCGGUAUACUAACAAUGCCCAUUGAAGAUUCUGGUAACCGGACAUCGCCCUCUAACUUUCCCUCCAGUUAUGUUAAAUUCAUCGAGUCCGCCGGUGGACGAGUGAUUCCGGUCCUGGUGGGUAAAGAUGAAGAUUAUUAUGCCAAGAUGAUCAAUAUAACCUCUGGGAUGCUGUUAACCGGUGGGUCAAUUGAUUUAACUGAUUCAGUUUAUACUCAAUCGGCUUAUCUCAUUUGGAAAAUUACCUUGAAAAUCAAUGAUAAUGAUCAGUAUUAUCCCUUGUUGGGAAUUUGUCAAGGAUUUGAGUUUUUCCUCUACGCUGCCAAUGGAUUAGCAGAGUGGCCGUUAAUCAAAUGUGAGGCUGAAAAUUUAGUCGAACGAUUAACCUUCAUGGUAAAUGAGACUCAAAUCAAACAAUCUAAAAUGUUUCAAUGGGCUUCUGAUCAGAUAAUCAAGACUCUCAGCAAUAAAAGGGUAACUUAUAAUGCUCAUAGUUGGUGUUUACCUGUGAGUCCAGUUUCUGGUCAGUUUUUCCCUCGAAUUGGUGAUUUUUUCAGAACAUUGGCAAAAAGUAUUGACUCUAAUGGAAUAGAAUUUAUUUCACUAAUUGAAUCAGUUGAUUAUCCAAUUUAUGGGCUUCAAUUUCAUCCGGAAAAACCAGCAUUCGAACCGGUCAUCUCACCUGAUAGGUCAAACACCCCACAUUCACUUGAUGCCGUUUUAAUUGGUCAAUUUUUCGCAAAUCUUUUCAUCAGUGAGGCCAGAAAAAGUGUCCAUCGCUUUCCCGACGAUAAUUAUAAUUAUCGGAAACAAUUAAUUUAUAAUUAUUGUCCACAAUAUACUGCUCUUAACGCCAGUUAUGAUAACGAACAGGUCUAUUAUUUCAAUUAGUUAAUUGUUAUCAUCAUUAAUCAUUGCGAUAUCUUUAUCGCAACAGAGACAUUGAAAUUUAAUCUUAAUUAUAUGUUACAAUUAAUUUAAAUGUAUCAAUUUAAUUUUGUUAAUUAGU